AUGCAUUCGCCAUCUUUACAGCUCCUACGUGCCUUGCGCACUUCUCUAACAAACGAAUAUGUCUUCGCUUCUCGCCAAUCACACCCAAUUCGCCACUCUUUGAGCUUCGGGCUAUCAUCAUACCGCAAAUACAGCAAUGGAAACACGAACGUCACUCCUCACAGACCUCCUCGAGUCGCACCCCGUUCGCAACCCGCAAAGCCACAGACACACGAUCGCGGACCACGCUCCGAAGAAAAGACUCAAACUGAUUUCGCCGAGCUGAACGUGUUUGGCAAUAUACCAACCCCGGCAACGGCGGUGGAUGCAUGCUUGGACGAUGGAUUCCAUCUAGAUAAUGGUGUCAAGGUUACAAAUGGCGAUGGUGUUUUGCUUGUCGCUGGAGAAGCGUUUGCUUGGCGGCCAUGGCAAUUGUUGAAGAAUACGGAGAACCCAAAACGGUCCAUGGUCAAUGAGAAGGGACAGUUUGAGUUACCGGAAGAAGCCUGGGGACUGCUCAGUCUGCGAUCAACCGCCUUCGGAAACAUGUCACGCGAGGAGCCACUGCUCGCUCCACGCCAGUCCUCCGAACACUCCUCAAUCCGAAACGAAGAUGAAGAAGACGCCCUAUUGACAGGCGAACGCACGCAUCGCUCGCAGGAUGGCUCACAUAGAGAUUGGUCGUUUUGGCGACAGGUUGGAUUGUUUGUGUGGUCACUCGUAGCAACCAUGGCCGUCGUCAUCCUUGCUGUCAUGUACCAGCAUCGAGUAACAACGCAACAACCUGGGCCAGACGAUCUUGUCUGGGGACCUGGAGGUAAACCGGAGGGAAAGAGAAAUGUUAUUUUCAUGGUUUCGGAUGGUAUGGGCCCGACAAGUUUGUCCCUGACCAGGAGCUUUCGCCAGCUCGAGCUAGGUCUGCCGGCCAACGAUACACUGGUUCUGGAUCGACACCACAUCGGUACCUCGCGAACACGUUCGUCGUCAAGUCUUGUCACGGACUCAGCCGCCGGUGCGACUGCAUUUUCGUGUGGACACAAGAGUUACAAUGGUGCAAUCUCUGUGCUACCAAAUCACACCGCUUGUGGUACUGUGUUGGAAGCGGCGCACCUUGCGGGAUACAUGACGGGACUGGUGGUUACGACCCGGAUUACGGAUGCGACACCUGCGUGCUUCGCCUCUCAUGCAAACCGACGCGAAUAUGAAGAUCUGAUCGCGGAACAAGAAAUUGGCGAACAUCCUCUGGGUCGGGUUGUGGAUUUGAUUCUCGGAGGUGGACGAUGUCAUUUCUUGCCGGCUGAUGCCGAGGGUGGCUGUCGUGCAGAUGAUAGGGAUCUUACCAAGGUCGCUCAAGAUAAAGGCUUUCACUACAUCUCCGACCGCAAUGGAUUCGAUGGGUUGGAUGCUGGCCAGGCUGCCAAACUUCCUCUAUUAGGUCUAUUCGCAGAAAGAGAUAUUCCUUACGAAAUUGAUCGUCGAUUCCAAGAGGACACCUAUCCUUCUCUGGAAGAAAUGGCUCGUACUGCGCUGGCUGCUUUGAAGAAAGCAACUGAGUCGAGUGAACAGGGUUUCUUCAUCAUGAUUGAGGGCUCACGGAUUGAUCAUGCUGGCCAUGGAAACGACCCUGCCGCUCAAGUGCACGAAGUUCUCGCAUACGACAAGGCAUUCGCUGCUGUGUUGGACUUUAUUGAGAAAGAAGAUAUCCCGACUGUACUCGUCGCCACCUCUGACCAUGAGACUGGUGGGCUCGCUGUUGCGCGACAAUUGCACAAGUCAUACCCCGAAUACAAAUGGCUGCCAGAUGUCUUGGCCAAGGCUAGCCACUCUGGCGAGUAUCUUCAAAACAAGCUGAAUGAAUAUCUCACUACGUCUAGCAAGAAGGAUAGUCGCGAAAAGCAGCGUGACUAUAUUCGCAAGUCGCUGUUGAAGGAGGGUCUUGGGAUCGAAGAUGCCACUGAUGAAGAGGUCGAUUCGUUGCUCGAUCCUGACAGUGAGGUGCAGUCGAGCUACGUGUUUGCUGAUAUGAUCAGUCGACGUGCUCAAGUGGGCUGGUCCACACACGGGCACUCAGGUGUUGACGUCAACAUCUACGCAUCUUCCACUAAGGAUGCAUGGCCAUUACAUGGAAACCACGAAAACACCGAAGUCGGCGAUUUCCUAGCUGCCUACCUGGACCUCAAUGUAGAAGCUGUCACUCAGAAGCUACAAGAGCAGGCUACGUUGUCGUGGCUGGGUGAUCCGCUUGGAGCCGACGUCCGAGUGAGCGAUUUCGAUAGCUAUCACGGGGAUUUCCGCAAGCGCGAAGUAGGUUGCGAUUGUGGUCAGCAUUAG